CACCAAUUGCGUCGUUUUACAUACAUUAUCAUCGGCAAAAAGCCCAAACGAGCGCAAAACCAAAUUCGAAAAAAAAAAAAAAACAAACAAACGUUAAAGCAAUAAUAACAAAUCAAUAUGUCAUCAAUCUUCUUGUUCCUUUUACUUUCCGCAAGCGUCUGCAGUGCUCAAUUUUUUUACGCCCAACCAUCUAUUAUGACACAAUACCAUGCUGGGACCACAAAAACACAAAAUGUUGCCCAUCCUUCUGUAGUUGAAAAUGCGGCGCAUGAAUCCCAACUGCCACCUGAACUGAGAAAAAGUGAUCGUUUCUACAACAAUCCCCAGAUCGCUGCCGGUCUUGCAAAGGAGUCAUGGUUUACAGACAAAGAAAUGCAGGUUGUAGAUCGUGAAGCUGAAAAGAUUCCACGGGAAAUGGUUUUCAAAAUAUUCAAGAACGCAGGCUGGAUCAAGCGCAAGUAGGACUACGCGCAAACUAUCUCAUAAAAUUAUUAUUUCUAGCGUUGUAAGAGUUGUUAUUUGUUAUAGUUUAAAUAGUAUUUUUGUUUAAUGUAUUAAGGUAAUAAAACGUAAAUCGCCUAAGGUGUAA